ACACCGCGCGUGCAGGCAGGUGCGCGUCACACAACAGGUGCGUUCGUGAUGUCACAACCCUAGUUACUGGAGCUCGAGGGAGAAAGAUUUAUUCAACGCAAGUUUGCUUUUUAUGUGCAUUAAGUUUAGGUAACACCUCUCUAAAACGUUGUUUUAUACUUGUUUUUAUUAUUUAACUUCGACUUGAUUUACUUGGCCAUUUAGACGUUUUACACGAUUAUAAACKAGUAGAGGUGGAGGGAAGGAUAGAAAAUGGGUAAAAACCUAAAGGAAGAGAACUCGGAGAACUCGGAGUCGUCGGAAUAUGGGGAACCUGCUCAGUAUGACCCCACCUUCAAUGGACCCAUUCGGAAAAGAGGUUGCACUGACAUCAUCUGCUGUGUUCUCUUCAUUGUCGUCAUCCUUGGCUACAUGGCGGUGGGGAUUUUGGCCUGGCUUUAUGGUGAUCCCCGACAUGUYCUCUACCCACGGAACUCUACCGGAAUGUUCUGUGGCAUCGGGCUCAAUAAAGCUCAACCCAGUGUGUUCUACUUUGACAUACUGAAAUGUGUCACAUCAAUCAACAUCAUGGCCGCCACCCUUAAUGGGUUACAGUGCCCCACCACACAGGUGUGUGUGGAAAAGUGCCCAGAUGUGUUCUGGGCUCUCAAUCCUAUUGCCUACUUACCGAAUGCCAAGCCACAAGACUACUUCAACCAAUCACUCUGCGUGUCAUCCUUUGAUCUAGCAAGAACUACACUGAAAGUUAAGGAAAUUGUGGAUCAAGAGCUGUGUCCGUUCUUCUACACUCCUACAAUUUCUGACUGUGCCUCACGGUGCGUAAGCGCUGUGGCGAGGGUUCACCUUCCAAACAGGACAACGACGCUGAGCAACAGCGCAAGAGAACAGCAGGAGGCAUCGGGAGAAGUCUCUGAAGUCUUGAGUGGCCAGCUAGAAGCCCGGAUUACCCUGAUCAAACUCCUGGAGCACUGCUGGGAAGUAUCCUGUGUAACUGAUGUUACAGCUCUGAAAAAUAUUCCUAAUGACUUUGCCAAUACGUGGGGCUUGCCAUCAAGCAUCAAUGAUACAGUCAAUGGCAUCGGGAACGCAAAAGGUGACAUGGUAAACAGCUUCAAAGCCAAGGAGAUUGGAGUGAGAAUCUUUGAGGACUUUGCGUCAUCAUGGCAGUGGAUCAUCGCUKCACUGGUCAUAGCCAUGGUGGUCAGUUUUCUGUUCCUCCUUCUGUUGCGGUUUAUCGCCCCUGUUAUGGUCUGGGUUCUUAUAUUUGGAGUGUUGGCAGUAGGUGCCUAUGGCAUAUAUCACUGCUGGUGGGAGUAUGACAACUACAGAAAGUCGACUGUCUCCAUCACUGACAUAGGCUUCACCACCGACUUCAAGGUCUACCUUCAGGUCAAGGAGACCUGGCUGGCUUCUGUGAUGAUAAUCCUGUCUGUGGUAGAGGGCAUUCUUCUCCUGACCUUGAUUCUUUUUGCGGUCCAGAAUCCUCAUCGCAUCGCUCUCAUCCAGGAGUCCAGCAAGGCUGUCAGUCACAUGAUGUCUACGCUGUUCUAUCCUCUCAUCACCUUUGUUYUCCUGGUGGUGUGUGUGGCCUAUUGGGGCAUCACUGCUCUGUAUCUGGCCACUUCAGGUAUUCCAGUGUACAAAGUGGUGGCUCUCAACUCUACUCAGGAUAACUGUGGCCAAAUCAGCGGCAAUGAGACCUGUGACCCACAGACAUUUUACAACUCUACAGACUACUCGUGGUGCCGAUCGGCGCGCUGCAUCUUCAUCAAGUACAACAACGAGGGCCUGCUGCAGAGGAACCUGUUCUACCUGCAGAUCUACAACGUGGUGGCCUUCCUGUGGUGCGUCAACUUUGUCAUCGCCAUGGGCCAGUGCAGCCUGGCYGGGGCCUUCGCCUCCUACUACUGGGCCUUAAACAAGCCCUCGGACAUCCCCACCUUCCCCCUKUCCCAGGCCUUCAUCCGCACAAUACGAUACCAUGUUGGCUCCCUGGCAUUUGGUGCUCUGAUCCUCACCCUCAUCCAGAUAAUCCGGAUCAUCCUGGAGUACCUGGACCACAAGACCAGAGCGGCUCAAAACCCCUGUUCUCGGUUCCUCAUGUGCUGUCUGAAGUGUUGCUUCUGGUGUCUGGAGAAGUUCAUCAAGUUCCUCAAUAGAAACGCCUACAUCAUGAUUGCCGUAUAYGGAAAAAACUUCUGUGUCUCYGCUAAAAACGCAUUCAUGCUUCUAAUGAGGAACAUUGUCAGGGUGGUGGUGCUAGAUAAAGUGACGGACCUGCUGCUGUUCUUUGGGAAGAUGCUAGUGGUGGGAGGAGUAGGUGUCCUGGCCUUCUUUUUCUUCUCUGGCAGAAUAAGACUACCAGGCAGCAAUUUCCAUACUGAAAUGCUCAACUAUUACUGGAUGCCCAUUAUUGUGGUUGUGGUGGGAGCAUACCUCAUUGCUCAUGGAUUCUUCAAUGUGUACAGCAUGUGUGUGGACACACUUUUCCUCUGCUUCUUGGAGGACUUGGAGCGACAUGACGGAACGAUGCAGAAGCCAUAUUACAUGUCCAAGAACCUGAUGAAAAUCCUCAAUAAAAAGAACAGGGGACCUAAAAAUGGCAAAGGAAAGGAUUGAUGAAAUGGUGCCUUUAGACGAAUUAGAGCCACAGUUACUUUCAAUAUCCUAGAAACAUCACAACAUCCGAGAAAUAUGACCUUUUUUCUUUCAGCCUUAUCACUCCUUCUGUUUUCCCCCUUCUGACAUGUCAAAGUUGACCCAUAAUGGAUCACUUUUUUGCACUUUCAACUUGAGAUUACAUGUAUGUGUCCACGCUUAUGAGUGUGAUUAGAUAUUUUCUUAAAUUCCAGCUACUCCUUCUAACUUACCAAAACUCUAACCAAAAUCAAAUGUUUAUUCUCUCCCAGUGCUUAUUUGUUUUCAGAAAAUAUACCUUUUUCUCAAGUGAGCAAAUUAUUUAUUAGAUAUAGAAAUCGUCGCCAUAACUGUUUUAAAUACUUUUUAUGAUCCUCAGUACUCCGUAUAUUGUUUCAGUUUAAGGUCUCUGUUAGUUUAUUUGUUAAAGUAACACUCAGUUUUAUGAUUCUAUAUUUUUUUUAGAUGUUAUGUAAUAUUGUAGAUAUUUUUUAAACAUUUUAUUGUAAUUAUGAUUAUAUCUAACACUUUAUUCAAAUGUUUUCCCAUGCUGACAUCACUCCUGUAUAUUGCCUUGCGCAGUGAUGGAUUGCUCUACAGGAAUAUACCUCUGGUUUAUUUCACACAUCAGCUUGAAUCAGUGGUGCAUAUGUGACCUUCUGAAAAUCUUGAGACACUUGCAGGCUGCAGCCCCUUGUACAUGGGAGCUGAAGACAAAGCUCUCUUUAGCAGAACUAAUAGCAAGUCAGGUAUGAGGUGUCUCAACGUGAUCUGAGCAUUUCCUAUUAUUCUGUACGUAAAUCCGAGACACUCCAUUUAGUAUGAUAUGUAAUGUUUCGAAUGGUAUGUGUUUAUUUGUGGCUCGCUUACAUCCAAUUAGUAUAUUUUGCAAAAUGUACAAUAUGUUACGAAUUCCAAUUUGUUGUUGCUAAUGUUUAGGUGGCUAACGUUAGUCAGCUAUCUCUAGUGGAUAAGGUUAGGUUAAAGGGUUAGCUAACAUGCUAAAUAGUUGCUAAUUAGCUAAAAUGUUACUUGUCCGYGAUGAGAU